CUGGCAGCAGGGCUCGGGACAUCGGAGUUCACGUAACUCACGCGGCGGCGCAGACAAAGCGAACCUGGGGCAGGGAAAGCGCGGGCGGAACCCAGCUGUACCCGGCAGCCGAGCCCAACGCCCGGCGGAGCCGCCACGCGCACAGCAAGAACUACCCGGCGGCGCUAGCAGGACACCGCCACGCACUACUGCGCCUGCGCAGUGUGAGGCCCAUGACCCUGAAUCGGCCUGGGGGAGCAAGAGUUAACAGUCUUGGCCAAUGGCUGCUUCAGGAAAGAUGGCUGCUUUCCGUCUACCACCUCUGCCAACUGUUAGAGAAAUUAUUAAACUGUUUAAUCUCCGAGCACAAAAGCAGCUAUCCCAGAAUUUUCUCCUGGAUCUGAGAUUGACAGAUAAGAUAGUGAGACAGGCUGGCAAGCUGAAAGAUGCCCAUGUCUGUGAGGUGGGCCCUGGGCCAGGAGGAAUUACAAGAUCCAUUCUCAAUGCUGAUGUUGCUCAACUCCUGUUAGUUGAAAAAGAUACUCGAUUUAUUCCAGGACUGCAGAUGCUGUCUGAAGCAGUUCCAGGAAAAGUGCACAUUGUUCAUGGGGACAUUUUGACAUACAAGAUGGAGAGAGCUUUUCCAAAACACCUUCAAAAGAAGUGGGAAGAUGAUCCACCAAAUGUGCAUAUCAUUGGAAAUCUGCCGUUCAGUGUUUCAACUCCUCUGAUCAUCAGGUGGCUUGAAAAUGUUUCCAAUAGAGAUGGACCUUUUGUUUAUGGCAGAACUCAGAUGACUUUGACUUUUCAGAAGGAAGUGGCAGAGAGGCUCACAGCCACCACAGGAAGCAAGCAACGUAGCAGACUGUCCAUCAUGUCUCAGUACCUCUGCACUGUUCAAAACCGUUUCACAAUUCCAGGUCGAGCCUUUGUUCCAAAACCAGAGGUGGAUGUGUCAGUAGUGCACUUUACCCCUUUGGUGCAACCAAAGAUACAGCAACCCUUUAAGCUGGUGGAAAGGGUCGUUAAAAGUGUUUUUCAGUUCAGAAGAAAAUACUGCUGUCGGGGAGUGGAAAUCCUGUUUCCAGAAGCUGAACGCUUGGAAAAAAGUGAACAGAUGCUGAUGUUGGCAGAUGUGGAUCCAACUCUGCGUCCAGCUCAGCUCUCCAUUUUACAUUUUAAAAACCUGUGUGAUGCAUACAGGAAAAUGUGUGAUGAAGACACAAACCUUUUCAGUUACAACUACAGGGAAGAACUGAAGCAGAAGAAGAGAACUAGAAAAAAAGGAUCCUUGGAGCAGUCUGAACAGGGAGACCAGCUCUAACAAAUCAGGCACACACUUUUUUUUUAGUAAAAGGAGACUGUUUUCAAGAUUACACAUCUAUAUAUACACACUUUGUUAAAAUACUGGAGGAAGGGGGCGAGGGUCCUAUCUUUCUGUAUAGCAGAAUGGAAUAAAUAAGGAAGAGGAUGCCCUGAAUAUGGGAUCCUUAACCUGCUAAGGUUUGGUGUAUUCUCCACUCUGGUUUUCAGGUCCUGAUUCAGCAAGGUAAAGUUAGACACAUGCUUCAGAACCUGGCGAAUGGGGGCCUCUCUGAAAUUUGUAUGAGUGAGUCCUUAAAGUAAAAUUUUACUUACUAUUCCAGUAUACCAAACAAUAUAAUGUGAUAGUGGUUUUUCAUUUCACUCUCCUUAUCCUAGAAACACUCUACUGGGCAGAAAUCUUAUAUUAAUGUACUCAAGCAAAUAGCUUCACCAAGGAUAAAGUGCACAGAAGGCCUGCUAAUACUCUUACUUAUCCCAAACAAAAGAACUCAGUCUUGAAAGCUCCAGUUGGAGAAAGCUGUGAAUAAAGCAAGAAACUAGACAUAAUGCUCAUUUUCCUUUUACUGUACAAGUUGGUAGAGAAAAUAAAAAUACAAUCAAAUAAAAGAUUACAGUACAA